AUGCUCGCCCCGUCACUGGACACCCUAGCUAAAAAUAUGGAAUGUGAAGAACAAUCUCCGACCAGUUCGUUGGACAUUGUAAUAAAAUGGAAUGGAAACGAUUACGAUGUAAAAAAUUUAAACACAAACAGUGAUGUGAAAACGUUAAAAGAAGAGAUAUUUAAAUGUACUGGCGUGCGGCCAGAAAGACAAAAACUUACUAAUUUAAGAAUUUCAGGUAAAAUGGCUCCAGAUGAAUGUUUGUUGAAUGCAAUAAAUAUUAAAUCAGGUACCAAAAUUAUGAUGGUGGGUUCAAAAGAAGAAGACAUUGCAGAAGCUAGUGUGGUUCCUCCUAAAAGAGAAAAAGGCCGAAAAUGUAAAAGCUACGAUUCAGAAGAGUUUGAUGAAGAACGUGUUGAUAAAAUGGAAAUACAUUUAGCUAAAGUUCAAAAUAGGGUUGAUAAUUAUGAGAUUAAAAUGCUCAAUGAUCCUAGACCUGGCAAAAAACUUUUGGUACUUGAUAUUGAUUAUACUCUGUUUGAUCACAGAUCAGCAGCAGAAAGUGGAUUAGAACUUAUGAGACCAUAUUUACAUGAUUUUUUAGAAUCUGCCUAUGAACAAUAUGAUAUUGUAAUUUGGUCAGCAACUGAUAUGCGUUGGAUAGAACGUAAAAUGGCUGUCUUAAAUGUAGCCAAUAAUGCUGCGUACAAAAUAAUGUUCUACUUAGAUAAUGCUGCAAUGAUUACUGUACAUACUCCUAAGUAUGGAGUGGUUUCUGUAAAACCAUUAGGAGUAAUAUGGGGUAAGUUUCCAGAAAACUAUAAUAAACAUAAUACAAUUAUGUUUGAUGAUAUUCGUCGAAAUUUUUUGAUGAACCCAAAAAAUGGUCUGAAAAUUCGUCCAUUUAGAGAGGCCCAUCUGAAUUGGGAAAUGGACAAAGAGUUAUUGCAUUUGUCUGUGUAUUUAUAUGAAAUUGCCAAAAUUGAUGAUUUUUCUAAACUUAAUCAUAGAAAUUGGGAAAAAUUCAUUAAGAAAGCGCAAUACAAAAAAGAAAAACGACAUAAAAGAGAUAGAACUGACAACAAUGAACCUAAACCGCCUGAUUCUCAACCGAAAUUGUGA